AUGAUUGGGGGAAUUUUUCCGGUUUCCUACAAAGAGAUAAGGAGCACGUCUACAUUCAAGAGGGAGCCUCCUGGAGUAAGUUACUUCUCAACAUGUGCCUGUCUGAGUGACAGAACCAAAUAUCCCACCUUUUUUCGGACCAUCCCCAGCGACUACUUCCAGGCAAAAGCUUUGGCAGCGUUGGUUAAACAUUUUGGUUGGCAGUGGAUUGGAGCCAUACAGUCAGACAAUGAUUAUGGGAGAAAUGGGAUCCUGUCUUUCACUGAAGAGGUCAAAAAGUUAGGGGUUUGUGUUGCUUUUGUUGGCACAAUUUCACGUAGAUACUCUAUGGAUAAAAUCCUGGAUGUUGUGGAAAUGAUCAAAAGAUCAACUGUUAAAGUCAUUUUGGCUUUUGCUCCUGAGAGUGACUUUUAUCCGUUGAUGAAAGAGGUGGUGAAACAGAACAUUACAGGAAUUCAGUGGAUUGCCAGUGAAGCUUGGAUAACAGCUACUAGACUGUCCACACCUGAAAUCUACCGAGCUUUUGGUGGAGCUCUGGGAUUUGUGAUGCAGAAAAUGGCAAUCCCUAAACUAAAACCAUUUCUUACAAAUAUCAGUCCUUAUACAGACCCAAGUGCAGCCUUUGUGAAGGAUUUCUGGGAGAUUAUGGUGGGCUGCAGACCUGUUUUACCAGGAGUACACAGAAAUACUGAAAAAAUGGAUAAAAUAUGCACAGGCAAUGAGACAUUAAUGAAUUCCCAGCAUGCGUUUUUCGAUGUCACACAGCUCAGAGUUACUUACAAUGUGUACAAAGCAGUUUAUGCCAUUGCACAUGCCCUUCACCAGCUGAUAUUCUGCAAACCAGCUGGAGAAAAACCAGUAAAGUUAUGUUUGAAUUUGUCAGAAAUUCAGCCCAAACAGGUGAGAAAUAGUGCAGCAAUAUUUCACAAUACCUUCAACUGUCUGAAAAUUGAGAAUAAAUAA